AUGCAGAAGUCUCUUGGACGUGGCGCCGCGCGCUACACUAGCCGCCACACCGCAUACACGGCACCGGCCGCCGCCUGGUGGCCGGCGCCGCGCACGCUGCGUGCAGGCGCGCUUGCAGCGGGCAGCAGCAGCCUGCCUGCCGCAGCCCUGAGCGGCGCGGCUCCAGCGCCGCGGCAACAGCAGCUGCAGCGCGGCCAGCAGCGGCUGUCUGCGGCGGCGGCGGCGGCGGUGGAGGGCGUCGACGACGCCAUAUCUGAGGAGGUCGAGGCGUUUGCCGUGGCCCUGGCCAAGGUGGCCGAUGACACCAAGGCGCAGGACCUGGUGGUCCUCAACGUGGCGCCCCUGGUGUCGUGGACCUCCUACUUUGUGAUGUGCUCCGUGGUGUCGAAGCCCCAGCUGCUGGCGGUGCUGGCGCGGAUGGAGAAGGCGGCGGAGGAGGACUGGGGCCGCGUCAAACAGAACAGCCCCGGCAGCAGCCCCUGGGAGAUCCUCGAUUACGGAGAUGUCGUGGCGCACGUGUUCACGCCGGACCAGCGGGACCACUACGACAUCGAGAGCUUCUAUGCAGCUGCCGAGGAGGUGGAGCUGCCCUUCUUGGAGGCGCGCGGCGCUGCAGACGGCGGCGGCGGCGGUGGCGCGGCGGCGGCGGCGCCGGGCGGCGGCGGGUGGAGCAAGGAGCUGUGA